AUGCUGAUCCCAAACUGUCUUUUCAGAGUCGGUUGCGCCGCCGUGCUUUUAUCAAACAAGUCCGCCGAUAAACGCCGGUCAAAAUACAAACUCCUCCACGUCGUCCGUACCCACUACGGCUCCAACGACACUGCUUUCAAAUGCGUUUACCAAGAUCAAGACGACGCAGGUAACACCGGAGUCUCGCUUUCCAAAGACUUAAUGACUGUCGUCGGCGGCGCAUUGAAGUCAAACAUCACCACAUUAGGCCCACUCGUACUUCCAAUCAGCGAACAGCUUUUAUUUUUCGUCAACCUCGUCGCCAGAAGACUCAUAAACUCAAAAAUCAAACCAUAUUUACCGGAUUUUAAGCUGGCGUUUGAUCAUUUCUGCAUCCACGCCGGCGGGAGGGCGGUGAUCGACGAAAUGGAGAAGAAUUUGCAGCUGACGGAGGAGCACGUUGAAGCGUCCCGGAUGACGUUGCACCGGUUCGGGAACACGUCAUCAAGCUCGAUUUGGUACGAAUUGGCCUACACAGAAGCUAAAGGGAGAAUGAAGAAAGGGAACCGGGUUUGGCAAAUCGCCUUCGGAAGCGGGCUCAAAUGCAACAGCGCGGUCUGGGUGGCUGUUCGAACCGUCGCACCAUCGACUGAUAAUCCUUGGGAAGAUUCCGUUGAUAAGUACCCUGUGAAAAUGAUAUAUUAA